AUGAACCCUAGACGUUUUAGCAAUCAUUUCUUCGAAGAAUUGCCCCCAUCAUAUUUUCAAGAGUAUACUACUGAGGCUCACAAUGUAACUGAAUUAUUUGCUCGCUUCGGAACUCGUUCUCAAAACUCUUUACAUUCCACGCUGGAUUCUUUUCCUUUUGGAAAGGAUGAUUAUUUUUCUUCCAAUCAAACCAUGCCCGCCGAUUAUCCUUCCACUACUUCUGAUUCCUCCUCCACGUUUUACCCACGGUACUUCCAAAACACCCAAGACGAUGUUUCCAACGAGCUCAAAAACACGAAGAAGAUAGACACACCCAACGGCGGCGAGUUCAGCGAUCCUUCCAACAUGUAUGUUUUCCCUUUUGUAUUGUCGCCUGCCCCCAGUCUACCAUUUCAAUCCGUUUAUGACUCUCUUCCCCAGCCAGUACAAUCUUCUCAAGAUGAUCACUCUCAAGAAACCCCGUAUCACCCGCUAUAUAAUCCUUCCUUUAUGAAUUCAUCCGACUUGGCUGCGUAUCCCGCCCAACCCAUCUCGGAUGAAGCAUUAAACUUUUCAAAAACGAGUCGCUUACCUUAUUCCCAACCCCUUUCGCAUAAUCCAGAUUCUCUAGACUUUUCAAAUGUAAAUGCCUGUGCAUUUCUAGAUCCUACCGUUUCGUAUGAAGCUAGUACGUGUUCUUUUUCUGCUUAUCCAACAUGUUCCUCGCAACUUCCCGAAUUGGCAGCUCCCCAAAACUUUACGAGUCCCUCAUCUGCUUAUGCUGAGCGAAAUGCAUCUCCAAGACAAUCACCUUCGAUGUCUUUGGCUAACACUUCCUCCACAGACAUAAAUUCCCCCGCAGUUGAUGGUAUCCGAGCCGCCUCUUAUAAGUACGCUUCCAAUUGUGCCACCAAGCAUAACUUUCAGCAAACUCUUGAGGCUCAUCCACCCGUACAGACCGAAACUUCACACGUGUUUGCUCCAAAUGAUUUAGAAAACAAGUCAAUCAAUUUGAAAAACUGUGAGUCCAAUUCCUUGUUUUACCAACCCUAUACGGAUCAGACUCAUCAAGAUACCUCUUGUUUGCCCACUCCUUCAAUAGACUCAAAUGCUUAUUGCCCAAAAACCCAAAAGCAUACUCAGUAUGGUACCAACCACACAGACGCAGUAUCUUCCAGGCCUUUGGCAUCUGAUGUGUAUCUUUUUCAAAAUGGGGAGCCGCUUUUUGUAAAAAAGAGUAAAAGCAUGACUGAAGACUCAGUACCGAAGAAUACUACAAGUGAGUCCGUGUCGUCUUCAAUUCCCCCUUCCAUCUAUUCUUAUUAUACCUACAUUGAACAAAGACUGCGUUAUGUAUUACAGCACCACGAAAGUCUUUGCAGUUUCAAUAUAUGCAUGCCAUCUGUAUGUCAAAAAUCUUAUGGUAGUGAGCGGCGAUAUUUAUGUCCCCCUAUUGUGUUGUACUUCUUGGGAAUCAAUUGGUUCGACUAUGAAUCAGAUGAAAUGGUUAUUCUGUCAAACAUUGUGAAAGAUGCUGAGGACGCAAACCUUUCCAAGUCCGUUUUGUAUUACGAUGCUGAUGGUAAGGAGGUGAGUUCAUCUUCAAAAAAGCAGUUUUCCACAAGCGAUGAACAAUGUCAAAAAUCAAGUCCUGUUUGGGCAAGUACUAUGCUAAAAACUAUUUAUUAUACAGGAACAGGCGAACAUGAUAAACUAGGUCGUUCUACCCAACUUCAACUUCAAAUCGAUACCAAAAGCAAGCAACUAGGAAUUGACAAAGUACGGUUAGGUGUCAUUUCCAAGCCCAGUCAAAAACGCGCUCUUGCCAAGGUUUCCGACAUGAGUAUAUGUCACGGUGAUUGUGUCAGUCUCUUUAAUCGUUACCGUGCCCAGCAUAAUAACGCUUUGUUUUUAAGUACCAGUAGAUUGCCCCAGGUACUGUCUGAUAAGAGCACGCGUAUGAAAGCUUCUGGUAACUUUUUCCCAGACAUUGAUACUCCGACUACUGCUGAGAAUGAGCAGGGCAGACUUAUCAUGACCAGUGAUACUUGGGAGCCAUUUUAUAUUUUGUCUGUUGAUGAGCUCAAAAAAGGUAACGGAAGUGUUACGGCUAAUACCCAACGAGUUGUUCUGAGUUUUGAUACCCUUGUAAUCUUAGCUAGCCAAAUUACAGGAGUGCAAUCGCCACCUUUGAUAUUGAAGAAACGGGAAAGCUGGAAAGUGUCCAUUUCUUGUGCGAAAUCCCAUGAGUCUUUUAACUGCUUGUCUAAAUUAGCAUUUCAGUGUCCGGUAUCGAAAAGGUUUUUAUCUAUUGAUGAACUGAAUUUUGGAGGAGUUGGGUAUACAGAAGGGGAAUUUCAGUUUAACGACAAACUAAAUCCGACAAGUGCAACUCACUCCGUUCUACCCUGGUCGGCAAUGUGGUCAAUUAUAUCCACACAAUCUUAUAGCACCAAUUUCUAUGAUGAGCCGUUAUUUAAGAAUCGCAAACACUCAGUGCCUAGCAUGCCAGCGGUUAAAUAUAUGUAUUCGGAUAAGCAGUCUUUGCUUUAUGUGUAUGGUACUGGAUUUGCAACCGACGUUCAAGUGUGGAUUGGUGAUGCAAAGUGCGAAGUUUUAAAAAAGACGGGCGACUCGUUGAACCCAAGUACUCUACCGGACGUUGUUUCUUCUUCUCGAUUUUGUUCAAGGUUACAAGCUUUUCCAGUCAAUUUAACGUGCGUUGCGUGCGUAUUGCCAUUGCAUCUGUUGGGGUCGAAAAUAACGACGAAUCCUAUCUUAUUAUUUCAGCAUGACACCUUCUUUCAUUCUGGGUUUGCAUGGCCAUUGCAUUCGUGA